CGGGCAUCACCUGAAAUGCAUGGUGUUGAUACUUCCGUUACACUUGCUGGCGACAAGGAGGCCGACCUUGCAAGGUCACAGCUAAAUAUCCCCAGUACCACUUGUAUGUUUAAAGUUGAUGUCCCUAAUGUCAAGGGCUCUGGCUCGCUCACUUUGGUCUUUCCCCAACCUGUUAUGAAAUCUCACUCACCUGUUGGCCGCUGGACACGCGCAUGUCCGGCAUUUGAUCUUGUCAACAAGAAGCUCAUGAUGUUCAAGGACUCUUGGUGGGUAUCAUUACCUGAUGUCUUACUGGAAGGCGAAACGUACAAGUUAUUGAUGUCGCACAAUGUUUCCCAUAUCCCAAAGUGUAUUGCAUAUCAUGAUGUACCCCCCUCUAUCGCUCAGCAAUCUACUCAAACUGCCAAGUUCGGCAGUGCUGAAUGGGCACUUCCCCACUUACCUCUCACUCUGCAUACUCUUCACCGUCUUGCCCUCAAUAUUGUGGGCAAAAAUUUGACCGAGUUUGAGAGUUCUCGUCAACUCGUUUCGUCUGUGCAUGAUGCACUGAUUGAUAUGUCUCACAAGGAUGCAUUUGAACUUGCGAAGGUGCUCCAUCGAGACCUCAGUGUUGGAAAUAUGGUCAUCUACAAAGGGAAGGGCUACCUGAUUGACUGGGACCUCGCAAAGUUGGUUAACCUUCACGGUCCCCAACAAAUGACACACAUGGUAUGUUUACUCCAUGUGCUUUAA